AGACACAGUUACAGAUACGCCCCUCCCCCGAGAGAAGCGGCCCGUCUAAUCUCGCGAGACUGUGACGAAACUCCGAGCGAGAGAGACGAGGAGCGCGACAUUUAAAACAGCGAUCGGGGAUUGCAGCAGUGUUAUGAUUUUCGGGACUUAUGCGAGCAGUCUGAAUGAUAACAAAAGAUGUGGCCUCUGAAAACACAAAUAUCUGAUGAAAACAGGAUUACAGCAAUGCAGACUGCACAACGCAAAUCUCUUGGGAGGACUCCACUUCAAGAUCUGACAGCUCAGUCUUUUACAUUAUCUGAUCAAAACAAUGCGGUUAGGACAAAGUUAAAUUUGAACAAAUCCCCAAACCUCACAGUAACCAAACAGGACUUCAAGAAAAAUAACAGUGGCAACACUGGAACAUCACCAGUUAGCAUAUGGGUGGAACCAGAAACACCAAUUCCUCUUAUGGACAACUCCAUAAAUGAAGUGUCUGCUUCAAAAAGUUUAAAACCAAUUUCCCUCUUUGCUAAAACAUUUUCUACAUUGAACUCUGAUGGAUCCACUGCCCAACAGAAAAGUAUAGCUUCUAAUAAUGUACAUGAGUGCUUGGAGACUUCCGAACCUGCAACUUUAGAAAAGAUACCAUGCUUAUCUGACUAUGUUCAAGAAAAGUUUCCCCUCCGUUACUUUGACAAUGACUCUUCCAUACCUGUUAAUGCAGGUCCUUGCAUGCAUGUGAUAGCAAGCCUGUCUACAGAAGUACACCCUAAUGAACAUGAAUCUAAAACAGUUAAGGAAGAGACUCGUGUGUUAAAAGCAGCCUCAGCCCCAGUGAUUGUUCCAGAGUAUAAAUCAGAGGUUGUUUCUCCAUGUUCUAGCCAGACAUUGGAUAAAAUAAGGGAGAGUUUUGCAUUACAGUUGCCAACAAAUACAGCUAUAAUAGCUUCACCCUUACACACAUGCACCAGUAAAAAUGUAGAUUUCUCUCAAGUUGCAGCCACGUUCUGCAUUUCUGAACAAAAUGAUGUUACUGUUCCACACCAAGAAAUUAUUGAUCCAUCCUCAAUAUAUUUUUGCGACAAGCUGAAUGAAACCUUAAGUGAUCACUUUAAUAAGAGUGCAAAUUGUCUCAAUAAGCCUGAAGAAGGCCAGGUAUUGAUGAGUCCAAAAGUUGAGGAGGGAGCCCCAAAAACGUCUGAACUUGAUUCUUGCAACAUGUCAAAUGGACUUGCUAAUGACACAUACGCAACUGAUAAUUGCUCAGCUGCUUCACCUGAUCAUGUUGAUGAACGCAGUCUUCAAGCAUUGUCUACGAAUUUAAUAUGCAUUGAGUCUCCUGAACAGGAUGGCCUUGGUUGCUCUCAAAUCGUAUCAGCUAAAGAGAAUACACAGCCUGCAGAAUUUGAUCUGGUGAAUGACAUGGACACCAACAAAUCAUUUCAAGAUGCUGCCAGUGUUCUGUCUGUGGCCCCUGAAAUUGAAGUAAAUCCUGAUUCUCAUCCCACAGCAAAUGUCCCAUUACAGCAAAAAUCUAAAAUCUCUCUUCAUUCCUUAGUUCAAGAGGUAGUCUGUAAUACUACCUUUGAUCUAGACUGCAUUACAAUAAGGGAUAAGAAAGUGGACACUGAAUGCAUUGAACCAAACAGUAUUAUACAUACCAAGAGUUUUGAAGACACUUGGUCUCAUGACCUAUUGGUAGAUUGUAAAACGGUCUCCUGUAAAUUACUACCAGAGCAGAGUGUCGGUACUUUAAAUAUGACAGAUAUUGCAGACAGUGGCACAGAUUCUUACCAGACAGAGAUUGCAUCAGCCAUUGUUUUAAGAGAAGUUGCUGAAGGAAUAUCUCUUAAGAAUGAUGACGGUUGUCUUAAAAAUGAAGAUGCCAAAGUACUUCCUUCUGUUGUUGUGCAGAGUGAUAUUGGGCAGGCUGCUGGGACACUUGGUUCUUUUACCAAGGCUCAUGAAAGCAGAGCUGAUUCAGUAGCAAAUACAAGGGACUCCUUGCUGCAAGCAAGGAUUUUUGAUAUUCCAAUAUUAUACACAAGUGCACUCCUGCACAAGAUGACUCCUAAAUUAGAAAGCUCUAAAUUGGCUGUUGGAACGUGUUCAACCCCAACUUCCACCUCAAGUACAUCUACAUGGACAACACCUAUAAUGUUGCUGAAUAAAAGCAUGAAUACAUCAUGGGAGAUAGAAAAGGGGAGGUUGAGUCCAAAAGACAAUGCAUCAGAGACAGAUGCCUUGCUCUGGAACUUCUCUAAGGAGUCCUUUAACAAUGCAUCACGUGAGGAGUUGAUAGACCGUUUAGAGGGUACUUUGAUAGUGGUUGAAGUUCUUUCACGACAGCUUCAAGGCUGGCAGCAGAAUUUAAUUGGUUCUAGACCCUCCGAACAGAGAGAAUCUUCCACGCAAACAUGUGUCACAUACACAAGUACGGAAGAUCAAUAUUAUCACAACAUGUAUGUGAAAACCAUGGAAAGACUUCAAAUAAUGCAGCGAUGCAAUGAAGUAGAGAAGAAACUGCAGGAGAUACUUAAAGAGAGUGCAGAUGUGCUGAUUUCUAGCAAGACUUCGUCUAUGUCAUUGAUUGGGUUUGCUGAGAACAUGCAAGAAAAAACUCAUGAGGAUAAAGCACAUCUUAGCAGGAUGGUGUGCCAAGCCAGGUCACUUAUAGCUGAUCACAUGACUUUACUGGAUAAAAUGAACAAGAAGAUGCAAGCAAACCAGCUUCAGAGGGACGAAAUGAAAACUUGUAUGGAAAAGGCAAUUGAUGCUAAAGAUGCGGCUGAUCAAUGUUUGGAAGAUCUUGAGACUCAUUCUUCUGCAGUCAUAGCUCAGCUGCAACGUGACUUGGAAACUGAAAAAGUGCUUUGUGGGGCUGUGAAAAAGGCUUAUAUGCAACAGCUCUCCUUCAAUGAAGAAUUGGUGGAUUUUGCUAAAAGGGCUCAUUCUGUCUGCUCUGAAAUGGAAGAGGACAGAGUCCAGUUGCAAACGAAGUCUUCUCAGGCCAGGGAGCUCCUGUCACAACACUGGCUUCUAUUUGGCACGAUGAAAAAUAAGACCGAUCAUGCUGUGAAUAAAUAUGAAUCCAUGAAGACUGAGCGGGAUGUAGCUUACCUGGAAAACAAUGAAAUUUGCAAUCAAUUGGAGGAUAUGAAGUCACAGAGCGUUCAGCUGGAAACAGAAAUAACUCGUUUUAGUUCAGAGCUGUCGUCCCUGAUGGAACAAAUAUGUACACUCCAGUCGGAAAAUGAUCACCUCAAACGGGAAAACUCUGAAAAGACAGAGGAACUGAGCGCUAUGGAUUCAUCUUUAAAACUGCUAGAAAAGGAGCUUAAUGAGACAGCCAUUCGGGAACAAGAAAGUAAACAACACAACAAGAAACUCUCAGCUGAAACUGUGCCAAGGUUGGAGCAGGAACUGUCAGAGGCUUUACAACAGAAAGCGGCUCUACAGAUAAAGAUACAAGAGCUUCAAAUGCACCACACAUCCCAGGCUGCAGCUUACAAAGAGAGCAUUGAGUUCCUUGAGCAAGAGAACCAUGUGUGGUUUGAGCAGGUCGCAGAAACAGAGUCACAGCUGAAGAAAAAUCUCUUUGCCUUACGUGAAAGAAACCUGCAGUGUGAGACUCAGAAGGACACCAUCAGCGAAUUACAGAGUGAGCUGAGUAAACUAAAGGAAGAACUUCAGUCAACAAAGGCGACGGCCAACGAUACACUGUCGAAAAUGGGUAAAGAGAUAUCAGAUUCAUCCUCAGAAGCGAGUAAAAUCAGAGACCAUCUGCUUUGUGUGAAAGAACAAUUAAUGGACACAUUGCAAGCAGAGGUAUCAGGCGCUUCCCAAAUGCCAGAGACACCUGCGAGAGGACUUAAGAGUUGCUCCUCUACUUACAUGAUCAAUAGCACCAAAAAGCCUCAGUCUGAACAAGCCAAAACAGCCAAAAAUGCUGAAAGCCUUUGGAGUGAGACAAGUGCCUUUACCGUUGUAAAACCAGUGACCUCCCCCACUGCAGAUAACAAGGGGGAAACUCUUCCGGGUGUCAUAUGUGAAUUAGGUGAAAUUGUGUCAAACUUUGCCGUCUCCUCUUCACAUGUCAUUGGAGUGAAGAAACAAGAUAUUGAAGACCUUAAGAGAGAAAUAUCGGACCUAAAGGAGAAGCUACAGAAUAUGAACUUCAAAAACUUAAUCGAUAAACGUGAUUUGAUGGAAGAGAUUGAAAUUCUAAAAAGGAAAAAUAAGAAUCUGGAGGAUUGCAUUACCAGUAAGCAGCAGUGCCUUCAAAAGCUUGAGGAAAUAGUCAAUGAACAGGAACAGAGGUUAUUACAGCAAGUUAGCAAGGAUAAAGUACUAGAGGGCAUGUCGCAAGAAAAUGCAACAUUAAAGCGCUCUCUACAGCAGUGUGAAAGUGAAGUGCUAGUCCUUAAAGAUGAGCUUUCAAAGAACCCCAAUGAAGCAGCUAGAGACUGGAUGCAGGAGAAACUACUUUUACAUAAGGAUUUGAGAAAACUAAGACUGAUGCUUGUGGACACUGAAAAUUCAAAGUCUGAACUUCUACAUCGAGCAAUGAGACAUAGGAAUAUCUUGGAAGGAAAUCUUGCCCGCUCUGAGCUGGAGUUAAAGAAGCUGGAUGAUAUCAUUGAGAAAAUAAGAAGGACUCUCUUGUCUAUACCUGAAGUUGUCUCCAACUGUGAGGAACUGAAACAAGUGCUGGAAUAUAUCAACUAGCCCGAGCCUCUUCCUGACCUUCAGCUAACUGCACUAUUGCUUUGUGUAUCGGCACUCACGUCUCCAUUCCUCUAUUUGUUGUAUUUAUUGUUCAGUCUAAUAAAUGUGUGUCAAAUAUAUUUAAAGGGUUAACGCCUAGUGGCAGAAUAAAAAAACAUGAUUGAAGGAUAUUUGUGACAUCCACAAAACUUACUCUACUUUCAUUUUAAUUUGCUUGCUUGAAGGAUUAUUGCUGAAGCUCCGUAUUAGAGAGAAACGCGUGUUUUAUGACGAUUUGAGAUUUUUAAAGGAUUGUUCGUAAAUACUAUUCUGGUGGCAGCCCUGGGGCACUUGGGAGGCACAUUCAUCAAAGGUCGAAUUUUGAAUUCAUGUGAGUUUUUAAAAACUCCCCUAAACUCCCAUAAAUUCGACCAGUCGAAAUUUAUUUAAAAAAAAAAAAAGAAAAAAUAAAUGAAUUUUUUAAACAGAUGAAUGGAAUUGACCCGAAUAAUUGAAUUCAAUUUGAAUUUUAAAAAUUUGAAAAAAACUUUCUCUGGGAAAAAAAACUUGAAUGUCAGGAAGGCUGCAAACGACUCCAAAUUGAUCCCUGGACGUCUUCCAUUGACUUUAAACAGUUCUAAAGAGGCCAGUGUAUGAUAGAUCUCAAAAAUCUAAUUUUUUUUUUUUUUUUUUUUUUAAAUCAAAUUUGAAUAACUCCCUAGUCGGAUUUGACUGUUUUAAUCAUAAACAAAUUAAAAGUUUUGAAUGUUCAAUUCGACCCUUGAUAAAUCUGCCCCGAGUGUGCUGCUUUAAAGGGGUGGUUCACCUUUAGGCUAACUUUUAGUAUAUUACAGAAUGGCCAGUUCUAAGAACCUUUUCAAUUGGUCUUCUCUUUCCAGGGGGUCGCUGACUCCAUCUAAAAAACAAACACUCUGUAAAGUUACAAAUUUACAGUAUAGUUAUUGCUUCUUUUUAUUAACUCCUCUUUCUAUUCAGACCCUCUGCUAUUCAUAUUCCAGUCUCUUAUUCAAAUCAAUGCAUGGUUGCUAGGGGAAUUUGGACCCUAGCAACCAGAUAACUGGAGAGCUGCUGAAUAAAAUCCUAAAUAACUCAAACGACAAAUACUAAAAACCAAUUGUCUCAGAAUAUGACUCUCUACUGCACGUAACUCAAAGGUUAACCCUUUAAGGUUUCUCUUUUUACGCUAUGCAAUACCCUUCAAACAUAGCAAAAAAAGAAGAUUGUACAUCAGUCUCACAGGCUGGGCCUCCCCCCACUAGUUUUUAUAGGGGAGAGAUCACUGGCAUGUUUAAAGGCCUAAGGCUACUGGUAAAAGGAUGGAUGUUGGGAAGACUGUGAAGACUCCUGCAGAGUAACUGCUACAAUGCAAAGAGGGUUGUAGGAGUAUCUAAGGGAGAUAAGGGUUGAACUGAUCUUGUCAUAUUCUCUUCUAUCAUAGAAAAAAGGAAGCAGGGAAUGUGCAUUAAUCAUUACACUGUUUAUGGGUUUAUAGCCGUUCUGGCUUUCUCACCAGCACUUCUGUCAUUCUUUGUAUUUACAUUAACUAGCCCCCACAGUAAAUAAAUACUGUAUAUAAUAUAUAUUGGUUUGUAUACAUGUCCCUGGUGAAGGUCACGAUAUGUUGAAUAAAUGAUUCUUUCAAUAAAUCUGUGAUACUUCACAAGACUCACUGAGUGCAGUACCUGUCUGUCUGUUAUAGCGAGAAAGUCGCAAUGAAAUCUGUAUAAUCUGCCGAAUAAAAAGCUUAGUGGUUGAA